CUCACGCUGAAAAACGAAGGCAACUUUCUUGCCAUUACCAACUUCUCUUUACAGUAAUAACAACACAAGUUCUGUUGCAAAAUCAACAUGGCUUCACAGGAAGCUUGGCUCUUGGAGAAUGGCAAAGGGUUGAGCCACAGUCGACAUGGCAGAACUGCCCACAACAUGUCGUCUUCUUCAUUGAGGAAGAAGUCUGAUCUCACCCUUGUAUCGAAAGUUCCUUUUAGUUGCCUCAGACAAUUGCUUGCUAAUCUGCAAGAGGUCUUCCUGGGAACUAAACUUUCGAUCCUCUUUCCAGCAGUACCAUUAGCCAUAAUCGCUCAGUGUUUUGGUUUUGGAAGACCAUGGGUUUUCGCUUUGAGCUUAUUGGGACUUACUCCUUUAGCCGAACGUGUUAGCUUUCUGACCGAGCAAAUUGCUUACUACACAGGCCCAACAGUGGGAGGACUCCUGAAUGCAACCUGUGGCAAUGCCACCGAGCUCAUCAUAGCAAUCUUUGCCCUAGCUGAACUUAAAAUAGACGUGGUCAAGUAUUCUCUUCUGGGUUCCAUUCUUUCAAACCUCCUUCUGGUUCUUGGCACCUCUCUCUUCUGUGGAGGCAUUGCCAACCUCAGAUCCGAGCAAAAAUUUGAUAGAAGACAAGCCGACGUGAACUCACAGAUGCUAUUGUUGGCAUUGUUGUGCCACCUGCUACCGCUACUGUUCAGAUAUGCGGGUGGCGGUCACUCAGACGCUCUCACAGCGGACCCAACACUUCACUUGUCAAGAGUCGCCAGUAUUGUGAUGUUGAUUGCGUAUAUUGUCUACAUUAUCUUCCAACUGUGGACACACAGGCAACUGUUUGAAGCUCAGGAGGAGGAAGAUGGUGAUGAUGGGAGCUCGGAAGAAGCGGCUGUGCUAGGAUUUUGGACUGGAUUCAUCUGGUUGGUUGUGAUGACUGUUGUCAUUGCUAUAUUAUCCGAGUAUGUUGUGGGCACCAUUGAGGAUGCUUCAGAUUCCUGGGGAAUUUCUGUCAGCUUCCUCAGCAUCAUCUUGCUGCCAAUUGUUGGAAAUGCGGCUGAGCAUGCUGGAGCCGUCAUAUUUGCUUUUAAAAACAAGCUGGAUAUAACCUUGGGUGUUGCUUUGGGUUCUUCAACUCAGAUUGCUUUGUUUGUGGUUCCAUUGACUGUGAUUGUUGCUUGGAUAAUGGGAAUUAACAUGGAUCUCAACUUCAAUCUCAUUGAGACUGGCUCUCUUGCUCUAUCAAUUAUCGCCACAGCUUUCACUUUACAGGAUGGGAGUUCUCAUUACUUGAAAGGACUGGUUCUUCUGCUCUGCUACAUAGUUAUUGGAGCCUGUUUUUUUGUAUCGAAAAAACCUCUAGGCCAUGCAAAUCUGGCCAACUUGGGCAUUCAAUCAUCUUAAAUAAGAUUGGCCAUUCUGGGACUGAAGAUUGUAAAAAGUUCAACAUGAAUGCAUUUCUUAUUCUUUCAACAGGUGUCAAGUCACCAACUCUAUUGAAGCUUGAUGAAGAUCUUCUCUCGGGAUUUUUUUUCUUUUGUUUUUUUUUUUUUAAAAUAACUGAGUGAGAGCUUGUUGUAUGCUUCCCUCUUGUGGUGGUGUUGGCUACAGGCAUAAUAGUUCUUGCUUACCUUUGUAAUGUCAAAAAUCCAUAAAAUCGAAUUGGUUUGUUUUUUCAGGUUUUUAA